AUGAUCUGUUCCAAUUGCCGUAGAAUCUUUCUCUCGCGCAUUCACUCCUCUCGGAAAAGUUCCUCCAGUUUCCGCUAUGGAUCGACGGUUCCUGCAAAUCCCAAUGCCGCUCCAAUCCAAGCGCCUUCCUCGAUUUCCAUAGACAGCGCCAAUCCAGCGCAGUCAUCCGAAACACAGACGCCAUCAGCCUCGACUGCGACACUGAAAGCGAGAUCGAACGCGACAAAGGAAUUGAAAAAGCCGGCCAAGUUGAAGAGCUCGGUCCCCGGUGGGGUGGAGUUGAAGGGGUUGGGCUAUACGAAAGCACAACCUCGAAUCCUCGCUAAAGAAGACGAUGAGUACCCUGACUGGUUGUGGACACUGUUGGAUGCGAAAAGGACUACCCUGGGAGAUUCAAAAGUUGAUCUUGAAGCAAUGACAAAGAAACAACGGGCCAAAUACGAGCGCAAGCAAGCAAAGAUUCGUGAAUCUCUUCCUGUUACUGUUCCGCUUCACGAGCAAAGUAAAGACUUGACUGGACCGGGGGAUGACGCAGUGACCAGUCUAGAACGUCGCCAGGAGAUAACAAGAAGCGCGAGGGCGGCGAGAAGGAGAAGUAUCCGGGAAAGCAACUUCCUCAAAUCGAUGUAA